AGCAGCCUCAGAUGCUUGGAUGGGACAGAAUGGCUUAAUGACGAGAUAAUAAAUGACUACAUGGACAUGAUAAUAAAGGAGGCGGCAAAUAGGGGCAUUAAAGCACAUUGCUUCAAUAGCUUGAUCAUAGAAAAACUGAGAACAACCGAGAAGUCAAGCCUGGCAUGUAUUGACGAAAUAUUUAAGAACAAACGUAAUAGAGAUCAUCGCCUCUUUCAAUGCCAGUUUGUCUUGUGCCCCAUCAACAAAGACGCCCAUUGGACGUUACUGGUUGUUAAGCCGCAAACAAAUGCAAUAGAACAUUACGAUUCCUUAGGGGGAGAUCCACAAUCCGAUGUUAUAUCUUCUGUAUUGGAACUCCUGUGCUAUGCCCAUGUGGCUGAAUUCAACGUUCCACUCGACGUUAAUAAUUGGGUUUCUGUUAAGUUUAAGAAUAUUCCACUGCAAGGAAACUCGCAUGACUGCGGUGUGUUCCUGUGUAUGUUUGCUAAAUAUGUAACACUAGGCAAAACGAUCGAUUUUAACCAGGGAGACAUGGCGUUUUUCAGGUCUCAAAUGAUCAGGGAAAUCGCCUCUGGGUCUCUAAUUUAAUUUGUAGGAUCUGUAGUACCUCGACUACUUUCGAUGCUCCUGAUUGCAUCUUGAG